AUGAUACACUUUUAUUCUAAACAUAUAUACUUUUUGAAAGUUCUCAUCUUUUUUUAUCAUGCUAUCGUAAUUUUUUUUUUACUUAUUUCUUUUUAUUUCAAAUCAAUUAGUCAAUGGGCGUUACAUGGGAAAAAUUUGUUUAUAAAAUUAGAAAAAGAAGAAAGAGGAAAGAGUUCUAAGAUAUAUAAAUUAAAAAAAAAAAUAGACACUAUUAUUGUUCCCAAAAUAUAUUUUUUACAUUUUUACAUUAUUGGUUUAGUAAUAAACUCAAUUUUAGUAAUCCAAGAUUUCCAUCAAAAUUAUAAAAAUGAAAGAAACGCUUUUGAUUUUAUUUCUGUGACUAACAUUAUCUUUGAAGUUCAUUUGCUAAGAAGAUUAUUAGAACAAUUAUUUGUAGUAAGAACAACAUCAAAUUCGUUUAUGCAUAUCUUUUCUUAUCUUUUAGGAAUAAGUUUCUAUGUAGUAACUCCUUUUUCAUUAUAUAAUAGUGACAAAAAUGAAUAUAGUCUAUUAAAUUUAUUUUCUAUUAUUCUUUUUAUAUUCGGAAACUUAAUUCAAUUUGAUUCUCAUUCUCGCUUGGCUAAGCUUCGCCCCAAAGACACAAAGAAAAAUGAUAUUAUGUAUAAGGUCCCAUAUGGUGGAUUCUUUUAUUUUGUUAGUUGCCCUCAUUAUUUUGCAGAAAUAUUAAUAUACUUAUCAUUUUUGAUAUUAAAUACUAAUUUCAUAAAUUUACUGAAUUUUGUUAUGGUUUCAUUAAUUUUAAUUAUAAACGGUUUGAAAACACAUAAUUGGUAUUUUAAAAUAUUAGAAGAUACAUAUCCAAAGUAA